CCUUCGCGAAAAACUGUCAUUAUGAAGUACGUCGCCCUACUCAGCGGCGGCAAGGACAGCUGUUUCAAUCUGCUACACUGUGCAAAAAAUGGCCAUGAACUGGUCGCAGCCGCAUCUCUUGGUCCUAAGCCCGGAAAAGAGGAACUCGACUCAUAUCUGUACCAGACAGUGGGGCAGGAUGCCAUUGAGCUCGUUGCACGCGCUCUGGACGUACCGUUGUACCGCAGGGUUAUCCGCGGAAGUGCCGUGGAACAGGGAGCUGAGUAUGGCGGCCGCAGUUCGAGAGGUGGUGUGGACGGCGAUGAAACCGAGGAUCUGUACGAGUUACUGGCUUCCGUCAAGUCCCAUCAUCCCGAUAUAAGAGGCGUAUCGGUAGGCGCAAUUCUAUCUAAUUAUCAGAGGGUAAGGGUAGAACAUGUAUGCCGUCGCCUGUCUCUUAUCGCGCUCUGUUAUCUAUGGCAAAGACCCCAAGACGAACUUUUAUCGGAGAUGAUUAACGCGAAGAUGAAUGCCGUUCUGAUUAAGGUUGCUGGUAUUGGACUUGCCAAGGAACACCUAGGGAAAUCGCUGAGCGAGAUGAAGCCUCUACUAUUCAAGCUUAACGAAAAAUACGGAUCUCACAUAUGCGGUGAGGGGGGCGAAUAUGAGAGUUUGACAUUGGACUGCCCCCUUUUCAAGAGCCGCAUCUCGCUAUUGGAAACUGAAGUUGUCAUACAUUCGGACAAUGAUUUUGCAACCGUCGCGUAUCUAAGAGUAAAAAAUGCUAUCCUCCUGCCAAAGGAUCCGACAAUGCUGGAUGUACUGGUACCUCCACUAUUGAUAAGCCCUGUCUACGACGACAUCUUGCACACUAUCACGUCCAAAGAAUUAUCAUCGUCACGUUUGAUAUCCUCUGGUGAACCAAUAGUUUACAAGGCACAUUGCGAACUUGGCAUUUUGUCCACGCGAAAGGGUCCUUGGAUAACCGUGAGCAAUGUACAAAGCCAGAAUCAGGACAAUACGACUAUCGAGGAAGAGGUUACAGAAUGUUUCAACCUGCUUCGAGACCAACUUGCACGACAUUCUUUGCAAUUACAUCAGUGUACAAAUAUUAACAUUUUCGUUUCAUCCAUCGACCUUUUUGCUCGAAUUAAUGGGGUGUACGCGACAUUUUUCGGCACCAGCCCGCCGGCUAGAGCAUGCGUCGCUGUAGACCUUCCUCAUCCCAGACGCGUCAAGAUAGACUGUAUUGCCUUCGCGGACAAGUCUUUAGUAGACCGACAAGCUUUACAUGUCCAAAGUCUUAGCUAUUGGGCACCCGCAAAUAUAGGUCCAUAUUCCCAGGCUAUCAUUUCUGAUGAAAGGGUGUUCAUAUCAGGGCAGAUUGGACUCAUUCCCUCAAGUCUAUCCAUGCCUUCCCCGCCUUCUUUAGCCCUGGAGACUCUGCUUUCCAUGCAACAUGCUGAUCGUAUCGUUACUGCUCUCAAAGAAAAUUCUAACUGGGUGGGACAUUGCCAAGCAACCAUCUUUUGGCUAGCUGACGCCAACUACCUUGAUUUGGUUGCAAUUGCUCAUGAACUGUACGAAAAACGCAUAGGCUCCGAAAGUCCUACGAUAUACGCGGCGAUCAAGUCUAUCCCGAAAGAUGCCCUCGUGGAGAAGCAGGUCCUAUUUCACACCGGUCGAUGCUUGGUGCGCGAUGAGUAUGAUGAUGAAAUGGUUUACGAGAAUCAAACACCGAAGUUCAUUACUGGUGGCGUGAACUUUACCACAGGUGACUCGGUUUACUGGGAAAUCUCUCGGUUCAAAGACAGCCAUUCGUCCUGUGUCGUGAUCGGUGUCCGCGGAAGAGCGAAUGAAGCCGUGGCCGAGGCACUGAAAAACGAGUCUUCCUUGGCCUUCUGUUGGUCCCGUAUUCUCUCAAUACGCUUGUUCUAUGUCCAUUCACGGGACACUCCCGCGGAUUCAUUGCUGCAGGGCCUUUUUGGGUCAAUAGGGUUGCCCCCAGUGACGAGCAUCCCAUGUCGAUUCCUAUCAUCUAGACGAAGAGAUGAUUGCGAUUUCGUACUUUGUUUACUUACCGCAUAGACAAGUCAAGAAGGUCACGCCACAUUAGGCGAUCGCUCAACUGUAUAGCAAAUUGAUCAGUACUUCUAAUUUAUUCAAUAAUGGAAACCUGAAUUCCAAGGCGGGGCCCCACAAAGCUAGUAAGUAACCAAUACGAUUUUACAAUCCAAGCGCGUCAUGUCCGAGAAUCCACGAAGUUUAUAAAAGAUCACGCA